AUGCUUUCCCCCUCUCCCCUGAGAGCCACCUUGAGUUCCCGUAUGGCUCCUCCAGUCUGGACUCUGGUGCUGCUGGUGGGGGCUGCCUGGGGCCAGGGCCACAUGCCUGAGCCUGUCCGGAAAGAGAAGCCUCCAGAUGGGAAGCCAGUCCCUCGCAGCUCUAUGGACAACUCCAUUCUCACCCACUGUGAUUUCGAGGAUGACUCCAAACCCCUCUGUGACUGGACCCAAGUGUCCACAGAUGACGGGGACUGGGCUCGAGCCAGCGGGCUCUCCGCCAGCGGCAGCACCAGCCCCCCCGGGGGGUACCCUGACGGUGAGGGCUACUACCUGCACAUGGACUCCAACACCUUUCCCCGGGGCGGGGCGGCCGGCUUGCGCAGCCCCCCGAUAUGGGAGCAAGGCCCCCUCUGCGUGCACUUUGCCUACCACAUGUUCGGGCUGUCGCGGGGCGCCCAGCUCAAGCUGCUGCUGCUCAUGGGCACCAAGGGCAGGCGCCCCAAACUGCUCUGGAAACACAUGAACACCCAGAGCCCCUCCUGGGUGCCCACCACUGUCACGGUGCCUGCGAGGCUUGCCCUGCCCAGCCGGCUGAUAUUUGAAGGAGUGAGGGGCAGCACGACUUACCUGGACAUUGCUCUGGACGCCGUCUCUAUCCGUCGGGGCUCCUGCAAUCGGAUCUGUAUGAUGCAAAUGUGUAGCUUUGACACUCCAAAUGAUCUCUGCGGCUGGAGCUGGAUCCCGACGGCCUCUGGGGCCAAGUGGGUCCAGAAGAAGGGGUCGUCGGGGGUGCUGAACGUGGGGCCUGAGGAUGACUUCUCUAGCCCUGGCAGUGGCUUCUACAUGCUCCUGGACCCCAAGGAUGCCAAACCGAGGCAGAAAUGUGCCCUCCUGAGCCCCCUGAGCCGGUCCUCUGGCUGUCUGAGUCUGUCCUUCCAAUACACCCUCCAUGGCCGGUCUCCUGGCGCAGCCCUCAACGUCUAUGCUUCCAUCUUGGGCAGCAUCCGGAAACACACUCUCUUCUCAGGACACCCCAGACCCAACUGGCAGCCUGUUUCUGUCAAUUACACAGGCCAGGGACAGGUUCAGUUUACCGUGGUGGGCGUGUUUGGCAAGAUCCCAGAGCCAGCUGUGGCAGUGGACGCAAUCAGCAUUGCUCCCUGUGGGGAGAGCUUUCCUCAGUGUGACUUUGAAGAUGAUGCCCAUCCCUUCUGUGACUGGACCCAGGCGUCAGGAGAUGGUGGACACUGGACCCGGGGAAGUAAAAAUGUGCCCCUUCAGAGUACAGGCCCCUUCGGAGUUUCCGUUAACACCGAAGGUCACUAUAUCUACCUCGAGGCUGGCAAAUUCUCCCAGGCAGGCCAGUCUUCCAGACUGAUGAGCCGGCCCUUCUGCGUCCCGGGUGCGAUCUGUGUGGAGUUCAGCUACCACAUGUAUGGCCUCGGAGAGGGCGCUAAGCUCAAGCUGCUGCUGGGGAGUCCUGCAGGGAGUUCCCCCACUUCUCUCUGGCACCGCUUGGGGUCUCAGGGCCUUGACUGGCUGAACACCUCCAUCACCGUCCCUUCAGGACAUCAACAGCCCAUGCAGCUGAUACUUGAGGCCAUCAGGGGGACCAACACUGCCUUCAUCAUCGCUGUGGGUUUUAUCUUGAUCAAUCAUGGGACCUGUCGAGGACCUGCGCCAACAGUGCUUCCUUCCAAAUCUCCAGUUCCCCUGACUGGCCCUUCUGAAACCCCUGUCUUCACAGGAAAACCUUUGGCCACCACAGAAAAACCCACUGUCCCCACUGAAAAACCCACAGUCUCCACAGAAAAACCCACUGUCCCUACAGAAAAUCCCACCAUCCCCACUGAAAAACCCACUCCCACCAUCCCCACAGAAAAGCCCACCAUCCCCACUGAAAAACCCACCAUCCCCACAGAAAAGCCCACCGUCCCCACUGAAAAACCCACCAUCCCCACAGAGAAGCCCACCGUCCCCACUGAAAAACCCACCAUCCCCACAGAAAAGCCCACUGUCCCCACUGAAAGGACCACCAUCCCCACAGAAAAGACCACUGUUCCCACAGAAAAACCCACAAUCCCCACAGAAAAGCCCACUGUCCCCACUGAAAAACCCACCAUCCCCACUAAAAAGCCCACCAUUCUCACUGAAAGGACCACUGUUCCCACAGAAAAACCCACCAUCCCCACAGAAAAGCCCGCUGUCCCCACCGAAAAGCCCACAGCUCCUACGACACCCCAGCCCAGCCCAACACUUGUACCCACUAGGCCAGCAGUCUCGGUGAUGCCUCCUAGUGCUCCAAGUACCUCCAUGACCACUGUGUCCCUGGCCACCACUGCAGCCCCUAGACCUACUCCAGCGAGCUGCCCCCCAACUGCCCACUACGAGCCCUGUGCCUGCCCUGCAUCCUGUGAGAGCCCCAAGCCCACCUGCGAGCUCGUGUGCCAGCCCGGCUGUGUCUGCAACCCCGGUUUUCUGUUUAAUGACUCCCGCUGCGUCGAUGCCUCCUCCUGUAACUGCGUCUACAACAACAAUUACUAUAAGCCUGGGGUAGAGUGGUUCAGCCCCAACUGCACAGAACGUUGCCGCUGCUGGCCGGGCAGUCGGAUGGAGUGCCAGCUCUCUCGGUGUGCGACACACACAGUGUGCCAGCUGAAGGAUGGCCAGUACGGAUGCCACCCCUAUGGCACUGCCACCUGCUUUGUCUCUGGAGACCCUCAUUAUCUCACCUUUGACGGGAGGCACUUCAGCUUCAUGGGCAAAUGCACCUACAUCUUGGCCCAGCCCUGUGGCAAUCUGAAAGAGCCAUUCUUUAGGGUGACAGCAAAGAACGAGGAGCGAGGACAGGAAGGUGUGUCCUGCCUGAGCACAGUCUACGUCACUCUGCCCGAGACCACCGUUACCCUGCUCAAGGGCAGGCGCACACUGGUUGGGGGUCAACAAGUCACCCUCCCAACCAUGCCUUCUAAAGGUGUCUUCCUGGCUCCGAGUGGGCGAUUUGUGGAGCUGCAGACAGCGUUUGGUUUGCGGGUGAGAUGGGAUGGUGACCAGCAGCUGUCUGUGAGUGUGCCCAGCACCUACUCUAGCAAACUCUGUGGUUUGUGUGGCAACUAUGACGGCGACAGUAGCAACGACAACCAGAAGCCGGAUGGCAGCCCAGCACUAGCCGAGGGGGAGCUGGGCCACAGCUGGCAGAUGGUGGAGGAUGAGGACAAGAAGUGCCAGAAGAACCACGCCAAUCCCCCAUCUUGUGACUCAGCCUUGCUGAACACUCUGUCGGGGCCGGAGUUCUGUGGACGGCUCGUGGCCUCCCAUGGAGCCUUUGAGGCAUGCCUGCCUCACCUCAGGGCCUCUUCCUUCUUCGAGAACUGCAUGUUUGACAUGUGUAACUUCCAGGGGCUGCAGCUGAUGCUGUGUGCCCAUAUGGCGGCCUUGACUGAGACCUGCCAGGAUGCUGGCUACGUGGUGAAGCCCUGGAGAGGACCCCAGUUCUGCCCUCUGGCCUGCCCACCCAACAGCAACUACACCCUGUGUGCCAGGCCGUGCCCCGACACCUGCCAUUCCAGCUUCUCCGGCAUGGCCUGCCAGGACCGAUGCGUGGAGGGCUGCGAGUGCAACCCGGGCUUCGUCCUCAGUGGCCUCCAGUGCGUCCCCCAGUCCCAGUGUGGGUGCCUUGACCUCAGGGCGGGCUACUUCAAGAUAGGGGAGCAGUGGUUCAAGCCAGGCUGCACGCAGCUCUGUAUCUGCGAGGGCAGCAACAGAAUCCGCUGUGUGCUCUGGAGGUGCCAGGCCCAGGAGGUCUGUGCUCUGCAGGAUGGUGUCUAUGGCUGCCACGCCCAAGGGACUGCCACCUGCACUGUCUCAGGGGACCCCCACUACCUGACGUUCGAUGGAGCCCUGCACCACUUCAUGGGCACCUGCACCUACGUCCUGACCCGGCUUUGCAGGUCUAGGUCCCUAGAGAACACCUUCGUCGUGAGUGCCACCAACGAGUUCCGCAGUGGGAACCUGGAGGUCUCCUACGUCAAGGCCGUCCACGUGCAGGUCUUCAACCUCAGAAUCUCGCUGAUCAAAGGCUACAAGGUCGUGCUGGAUGGUCGCCGGGUGGCCCUGCCUGUGUGGCCUGCAAGAGGCCGGGUGAGCAUAAGGCCCAGUGGCUCCUUUAUCCUCCUCUACACGGACUUUGGGCUUCAAGUUCGCUACGACGGGAACCACCUGGUCCAAGUGACAGUGCCCUCCACCUACGCUGGCCGGCUCUGCGGGCUGUGCGGGAACUACAACAACAACAGUUUGGACGAUAUUCUGAGCUCAGAUAGAAGGCCUGCAGGCAACUCUGUCCAGCUGGGGGUCUCCUGGAAAUUAAAUGAGUACUCUGAACCUGGCUGCUUUGUUGCUGGUGGCAAGCCCCCCAGAUGCCAGGAGAAUGAAGUGGCAGACACCUGGAAUAAGAACUGUGAUAUCUUAAUGAACCCUCUGGGUCCCUUCUCCCAGUGCCACAAGGUGGUGCCCCCGCACUCCAGCUUCGCCAGUUGUGUGUAUGGCCAGUGUGGGACCAAGGGCGACACUCUGACCCUGUGCCGCUCCCUGCAGGCCUACGCAUCCCUGUGCGCCCAGGCCAGCCAGGCCCCUGCCUGGAGGAACAGCACCUUCUGCCCUCUGAAGUGCCCAUCGGGCAGCAGCUACAGCUCCUGUGCUAACCCCUGCCCAGCCACCUGCCUCAGCCUGACCACCCCGAGAGACUGCCCGGCGGCGCUGCCCUGUGCUGAGGGCUGCGAGUGCCAGAAAGGCCACGUCCUGAGCGGAACCUCCUGUGUGCCCCUCAGCCAGUGCGGCUGCACCGACCAGCGGGGCUCCUACCACCCGGUCGGGGAGAGCUGGUACACAGACAACACCUGCUCCAGGCUCUGCUCCUGCUCCACCCGCAACAUCUCCUGCCUCCCGUCAGCCUGCAAGCCCGGCCAGAUGUGCUGGCCUCUGGAUGGGCUGAUGCGCUGCCGGGCCACAGGUAUGGGAAUGUGCCGCAUCUCGGAUGACUCCCACUACGUUAGCUUCGAUGGCACUUACCACGCCCUCAAGAGCACCUGCACUUAUGUCUUGGUCAAAGUGUGCCACUCCACCAUGGACCUGCCUUUCUUCAAGAUCAGUGGCAAGAAUGGGAAGCGGGAAGGCCAAACUCCUGCUUUCUACCUCCGCCAGGUCAAUGUCGACGUCUUGGACUCCCUGGUCACCCUGCAGAAGGGCCACCGUGUGCUGAUCAAUGGCACACAAGUCACCCUCCCCUCGACCUCCCGGAUCCGGGGCGUCAGUGUCACUGCCAGAGGCGCCUACACCGUGCUCAGCAUUAAUAUCGGGGUGCAAGUCAAGUUCGAUGGCAAUGGUUUCUUAGAGAUCGAACUCCCUGCAGCCUAUUAUGGAAAGGUCUGUGGCAUGUGCGGGAACUUCAACGGAGAGGAAGAGGACGAACUAAUGAUGCCCAGUGACGAGCUAGCCCAGAAUGACAGGGACUUUGUGGACAGUUGGCAAGAUAAGGAGUCCGACCCAAAAUGCCAACAAGAUGACCAGAAGGUGACCCAAGCAGAACAGCAGGAGAAACCGAAUACAAACUGCAGGCCAGCUGACCUAGCAAGAGCCCAGGAACAAUGCCAGGCGGCCUUUCAGGCUCCGGCCUGGGCUGAGUGCGCCACCCGCGUGGUCCUCAAACCCUUCCUGCUGGGCUGUACAUACAAGCUCUGUGAGUUUGGAGGGCUAAACCGUGUCCUCUGCGAGUCUAUGCAAGCCUUCGGGGCCGCCUGCAAGGCCCAGGGGCUCAAGCCCCCCAUCUGGAGAAACAGCAGCUUCUGCCCUCUGCAAUGCCCCGCCUUCAGCACCUACACGACCUGCAUUCCCUCCUGCUCACUGUCCUGCGGGGACCCGGAAGGCCAGUGCAAGGGCACCGAAGUCCCCGCCACCUGCAAGGAGGGCUGUGUUUGUCUGCCCGGCUACGUGCUCAGUGAGCAACGCUGUGUGCCCAGGAGUCAGUGCGGCUGCAAGGACCCCCAGGGUGGCUCCCUCCCAGCGGGUAAGACCUGGCUUUCCCGUGGCUGCACCCACAGAUGUGCCUGCAGAGCAGGAGCCAUUCAGUGCGGGCCCUUCACUUGCCCCUCUGGCUCCCACUGCCAGCCCAACUCCACCAGCACAGACAACUGCGCUCCUGACAAGUCGGAACAAUGCUCAGUUUUCGGGGACCCGCAUUACCGCACAUUUGAUCGCCUCAGCUACCGCUUCCAGGGCCGCAUGACCUACACUCUGGUCAAGACCGUGGACGUGCUCCCCUAUGGGGUGGAGCCCCUGGUCGUGGAGGGACGCAACAAGAUGUAUCCGCCUUUCAGCUCAAUCUUCCUGCAAGAAAUCAUCGUGAUGGUCUACGGCUAUACAGUCCAGCUCCAGGCUGAACUGGAGCUUGUGGUCAACAACCAGAAGAUGGCCAUCCCCUACAAGGUCAAUGAGCAUCUGCGGGUUACCAUGCGGAGCCAUCGCCUGUAUCUGAUCACCAGCUUUGAGUUGGUCGUCAGCUUUGAUGGAAGGAAUAACGCAGUGAUCUCCCUGCCCAGCAUGUACGAGGGGCUUGUGCGCGGCCUGUGUGGGAACUAUGACCAGAACCGGAAGAAUGAGUUUAUGCUGCCCAAUGGCACCCUCACCCAGAACCUCAACACCUUUGGCAACAGUUGGGAGGUGAAGAUCAAGGGAGACCAUGUCCGAUUCUCAAGGGCCAUACAAGAGGAGGAAGAGGGAGAGGAGGAGUCAGGCUUCCAUGUGUCAGAAUGCAGCCCCGAGCAGCUGGAGCUCAGCAACAGCACCCAGGCCUGUAGGGUGCUGAUGGACUCCCAGGGCCCCUUUGCCACCUGUCACCAGACUGUGGCCCCAGAGCCCUUCCAUGAGCACUGUGUGUUUGAUCUGUGUGCCGCCCAGGACCCCAGACAGCGGGAGGAGCUGCGCUGCCAGGUCCUCAGUGGGUACGCCAUCAUCUGCCAGGAGGCGGGCACCGCCCUGGCCAGCUGGCGGGACCACACCCGCUGUGCCUUGGCAUGUCCAGCCAAUACUGUCUAUCAGAGCUGUAUGACACCCUGCCCCCCCUCCUGUGCCAACCUGGCGGCCCCUGGGGACUGCGAGGGCCCCUGCGUGGAAGGCUGUGCCAGCCUCCCAGGCUACAUCUACAGUGGCGCUCAGAGCCUUCCCCUGGCCCACUGUGGCUGCACCCACAACGGCAUCUACUACCAGCGGGGUGACAGCUUUGUGACUGAGGAUUGCUCUCAGCGCUGUACUUGUGCCAGCUUGGGGGUCCUGCUGUGUGAGCCCCUCAGCUGCGGUGCUGGGGAGAUCUGCACCCUGGGGAACCUCACUCGUGGCUGCUUCCGAGAAAGCCCGUGUCUACAGAACCCCUGUCAGAAUGAUGGGCGGUGCCAGGAGCAGGGACCCUACUUCACCUGUGAGUGUGAACUUGGUUACGGGGGAGACCUUUGCACGGAGCCUCGGGAUGUGCCACCCCCCGAAAAGCCAGAAGCAUUCGCAUUGGUGGCCAUCCUAUUGGGAAUGCUGGUGCCCAUGGUGGUCGUGGUGCCUGCAGUGACCAGAGAAUGCAUUUCCAGGAAGAGGAGGAGGAGGAGGAGGAGGGAGGAAAUGCAGAGCCAGAACCGAGACCCGCUGGUGGACACAGAUUAUGUUCCAGAGCUUGCCUUCAAAGUCACUCAGUUUUCAAUUGUCCUCAAAAAAGAAGAGAUAAAAUAAAAUUAUUUAUUAUUGAGGUGUGAAUUUCCACAUGCUUAUUGUGGAG